ACUGCUGUACUUGAACUAUACUUCGAUUAAUCAUAAAUAAUAUAAUAUGGUUUCUGUCAAAGAGUAAACGCAAAUAUGGUCUCAGCUCAAGUGAAUAUGUGAUGCGCUUUUGCUGAGCGUCCGUUUAGCUGCGAUGGCUGCCUCUGACCUCGGGAAAUGGAGGACCACCGCUCUUCUGGUUAUAGAUAUGCAGAAUGAUUUCAUAUUACCAGGCGGUCCUAUGUACGUCAGGGGUGGCGAAGACAUCGUCCCCAACGUUAUUAAGGCUGUUGAGGCUGCAAGAAACCGUGGCAUCCCCGUUAUUUGGGUUGUCCGUGAGCAUGAUCCAUGGGGAAGAGAUGUGGAGUUGUUUCGAAGAGGUUUGUACUCCCCUGGGAAGCCGAAACCAACUUCCAAGGGGAGUGUGGGUGCCGAACUUGUGGAAGGGCUUGUCAUCAAAGAAGGCGAGUACAAGUUGGUAAAGACGCGUUUCAGUGCCUUCUUUAACACAAACCUGCAUUCGUAUCUCCAAAGCAAUGCCAUUACCAGCUUAAUCAUCACAGGUGUCCAAACUCCAAAUUGUAUCAGACAAACGGUGUUUGAUGCAGUUUCAUGGAAUUAUCAGCCGGUAACUGUUAUUGUUGAUGCAACGGCUGCUGCAACGUAUGAAGUUCAUGCUUCAAACAUAUCAGACAUGAAAAAUAUUGGAGUGCUGACUCCUACGCUGCAAGAAUGGUGUGAGUAAUCCGCAGUCCGCACUGCAUUUCAAAGCUUGCAAGUGCAUCUCUCUCUUGCUAUGACAGAUGCUAAAUUCACUUCUCUUUAAGGAAGUCAAGUAUUUUGAAGUACCUACUGUUGUCAGCUCCUGCUGUUAAAUAUGUACUGUACCAAAGCAAAACACAAAACUGCAUGCUUGUAAGAUACUAUUAAAAAUCAUAAAAGUUCCUAGCUAUUCAGUUAGCAAAAGGUUACUGCCACUUGUGUACAUGGUAAGCUUUCUUUUUACUGUAAGUCGCAAAAACAAUGACCAAAACGAAAGUAUAACUUCAUCAAACUAAGCUACCAGUUAAUCAGUUAAUG